AUGGCCGCGCAGUCGCCCCUCAAGCAGGCCGGCAAAGUAGUCUGCAUCGGCCGCAAUUACGCGGACCACAUCGCCGAGCUGAAGAACAUGAAGCCCAAGCAGCCAUUCUUCUUCCUCAAGCCGCCGUCGUCCAUCGUCCUGCCUGGCGAGGGGCCGUGCCUGCAGCCAAGAGGCGUCAAGAUGCACUUCGAGGUCGAGCUAGCCCUCGUAAUAGGCAAGAUGGUGCGGGAUCUCCACGCCGACGACAGACAGGGCGCUCUGGAAGCCAUCAAGGCGUACGCCGUCGCCAUCGACAUGACGGCCCGCAACGUCCAGGACGAGGCUAAGAGGAAGGGCCUGCCGUGGGACAUUGCCAAGGGCUUCGACACGUUUCUCCCCAUGAGCAACGUGAUUCCCAAGACGGCCAUUAGCGACCCGCAGGACGUGGAGCUGUUCUUGGAGGUGAAUGGCGAGACGAGGCAGAAGGGCUCUACGGGGUUGAUGAUUUACCAGAUCCCCCGGAUUAUGAGCGACAUCUCCAGGGUCAUGACGCUGCAGCCUGGCGAUAUCGUGCUGACGGGGACGCCGGCGGGCGUCGGGCCCGUUGUGCCGGGGGAUGUCAUGAGGGCCGGCUUGAGGGUCGGCGGGAGGGAGGUGGAGGAGGGCAAGAUGGAGGUCAGGGUUGAGCAGUCGCCUUCUUCGUACGUGUUUGCUGAGACAUGA